CUGAAAUUUGCAUUUUACAGUUAUUUCUUUCCAGGCCCGUGGGUGAACAACUGUGUAGGCGAAUUCAACCAGAAGUUUUUCUUACAAUUCCUGUUUUACGUUGGAUUGUCCAGCUGUUACACAGUGUUAGUAAUGGUUUUAUCCUGGGUUUACGAUGACGAGUUUGCCUCUACAGGAAUGAAAGGACCUUUCGGAGAAAACGCCCACCACGCUAAAGUCUUGCACUCCAUAUUCUUAUCCAUGGAAAGCGCCCUUUUUGGAAUGUUUGUGGUGGCGGUCUCAUGCGAUCAGUUAGGAGCGAUCUUUUCCGAAGAAACUGCAGUUGAAGCCGUUCAGCGUAGAACGAAGCAGACAUACAAGAGAAGUCGCCGUCGAGGAAGGUUUUCACUUCUCAAGGAAGUUUGUGGGGGAGGUGAGAAAUUUUCAAUUCUAGCGAGUUUAUGCCGGGAUCAUUUGACGGGGUGGAGUUUUCGUGUCUCCUGUAAGAUCUAG